CAAACAUCGUGAUUCAAACAUUGCAGAGCAACAAUAACAAUCAAAACAAUAGUUAAUAAUUAAUAUUUGUAUAAAAUGAUGCGAGAAGAACAGAAAAUUAUUUCGGAAAAGGAGCAAGAGUUCUCCUUUUCCUCUUUUGCUCAAAUGGAAGACUUGUUGGACAAGCUGAAAGUACUGAAUUAUGAGUCUGAAUUCCUAAGCAGCCUUAAAAUGAAGCCAAUACACAAAUACUAUUUCGUCGUGACCAAAAACCCAGGGGAACAAUUUUACCUUUUUUCACUGCUUGCAGCCUGGCUAAUAAGAAAAUGUGGAAAUGACUUUCCACAACCUCAGGAAUUUGAUGAUCCUAAUGAAACAAUACAGAAAAUACUGGCUGAAGUUAAACUAAAUGGUAUGAAUGUUGAUUUUCCACCAAAUAAACUGAAACAAGGGGUUGGGGAGCAAGUUGUUGCUAUUUUGGAAAAUCUUGCAAAUAGUGCUAUCAAAAAAAAUAAUAUAAUGCUGAAAAAGCCAAAGCCUCCUGAAGAGAAAGAAGAAGAAACAGAAAUUCUGGAUGAUGAAUCAGAAAUAAAUCUGGAUAGAGUGGAGGAGGAAAUGAUAGCAGCAUACUCAGAUGACUCUGAUGAGGAAAACAUUUUCCACAUUGAUGACCUCAAACAUGUCAGAAAAGAAAUCUCAGUGAAUGAACUCAAAUCAGAUGUAGAUGAUGAAACCUGGAAAUUAGAAGUAGAAAGAGUCCUGCCCAUGUUGAAAGUGACAGUGAAAAAUGACAGUAGAGAUUGGAGAUCACAUUUGGACCAAAUGAAGACAUUCCAGUCCAGUAUAGAAGAGUGUUUGACCCCUACAAAAAGUCAACUUGAGAAGCUCCACAAAGAAAUAAGCUCUACCUUACAGAAAGUAGGCAACAGAGAAAAAUAUUUCAACAGGGAAUUAGAGUCUGUUUUGGAAGAAUACCGCACUCAGCAGGAUCAGCUUUCUAAGCUGAAAGACAACUAUAAAAAUGUCAGCAGUGGGGUGGCAGAGAGAAAUAGAGAGCUGUAUAAAUUGACUGACAGACUGGAAACUGUGAAACAGCAAAUGGAAGAGAGGGGAAGCUCCAUGACAGAUGGAACUCCCUUGGUUAAUAUCAAGAAAUCCGUAGCAAAAGUUAAAGCUGAGAUAAUUGAUAUGGAUGUCAGAAUAGGAAUUCUGGAGUGUGUACUACUUCAAACAAAGAUUCGUGAUGAAAAACACAUUGAAACUGAAUUUGGACAAUCUUUCUCUGUGUUUUAAUUGGAUUCAUUCAAAUUGCUUCUAGUCAAAAGAAGACUGCACUAUGAAAUAUUUUUAUUUUGGUACCAUAUACUUUUCUUAAGCACCUAUAUAUUUAUGUAUUUGUUAUGAAGUCAAAUCUUUUUCCUCAAAAGUGGAAUAUAUCCUGAAUAAUAAAUCAGUUAUAUGAUUC